GAGUGAGUAGAGCACAUUCGGAUACAGAGAGAGAGGUGAGGACGGUGCAUUAGUUGUUUAAAGGAUAGCUGAGAGCGCGUGCUGAGAAGUGGAAAACAGAUCAUUUUUACGCGAGGAGAAAAGAGAGAUGCUGUGAAGCUGCUUUCUUGGAGAAUAAGAGUAGGAGGAUGCAGAGCUGUUGAUCGGGCGCAGUGUAACUUACAGGAUUUCCAGGAUGUCUUUUGGAGUGUAUUCAGCAGUCUGAUGCUGUGCACUGCGUCGUCUUCCGCACGAUGCCCGCGUGAGUGUCUCGUUCAGGAUGGAGCGCUGUGAGAGCGGUGUGGCCGUGGCCGUCCAGCCGAGUCCGUCCUUGGACAGCGCCGAGCUGGAGUUUGCCGAGGCUGCUCGCCGCGGGCACCGGCUGGCCGUGGGCGCAUUCUAUGGCUCCCGUCGCUCCAAGGUCCAGACUCAGCCAAGUCCCGAGGAGAGCAUAGAGGGCAUGGCGACAGCGUGCAAGAAGCCAGUGAGGCAGAGCGGGAGGGCGUGUGGAGGGAAGUUUCUGGUUUUUUACCUGGACUUGUCCUUUGUUUUCUUGUUAGAACUGGAGAAGCUGAGGAUGGCGCGCGGCUGCCUGUGCUGUGUCAAAUACAUGAUGUUCCUCUUCAACCUGCUCUUCUGGUUGUCAGGAUGUGGUUUACUGGGAGUAGGGAUCUGGCUCUCCAUGUCUCAGGGGAGCUUCGCCACAUUCUCUCCCUCCUUCCCCUCUCUCUCGGCCGCCAAUCUGGUCAUCAUCCUGGGCUCCAUCGUCAUGCUGACGGGCUUCCUGGGCUGUAUGGGCGCCAUCAAGGAGAACAAGUGCCUGUUGCUGAGUUUCUUCAUCGUCCUGUUGAUAAUUCUGCUGGCAGAGUUGAUUCUGCUCAUCCUCUUCUUUGUGUAUACAGACAAGGUGAGUGAGAAUGCACAGCAGGACCUGAAGGAGGGUCUGCAACUGUACAACACCGACAACAACAUCGGCCUGCGCAACGCAUGGAACAUCAUCCAGUCCGAGUGGCAGUGCUGUGGUGUAACUGGUCACACAGACUGGCACGAUGCCCUGCCCGAUAAGACGGUCCCAGACCGCUGUUGUCAGGAGCAUUAUAAAGAAUGUGGGCGCAAUUCCAGUAACGUCUUCUGGUCUCAGGGCUGCUACGAGAAGGUUGUGGACUGGCUGGAUGAUAACAAACACCUGUUGGGCACCAUCGCUAUGUGUGUGCUGGUCAUACAGCUCCUCGGCAUGGCGUUCUCCAUGACCCUGUACCAGCAGAUUCACAGAGCGGGGAAGAAGUACAGUGCCUAAAGGGAAAGGACUUAAACCUCAUUAACAAGAAAAACCUACAGCAACCCCGAAAACCUUUAUAGUCCAUUCUGCUUCCUGAAUCUUUCCAUGUCUGGACAUUCUGUGCGUCUAAACAUUUUAAUUCCAGUCCCAUUUCAUCAUGUAUAUUUGAAACCAUAUUUCCGAACACAUGUUAAGGAAUGGCUGAUAGGCAGAAUCGAGAUUUGGUCGGAAGCAGAUGCAAAUGAAAUAUUUCUGAGAAGAGAUUUUCGGCUGCUGGUGUUCAGCAGGAUUAACGAGCCGCCAUGUUUGUAUAACGCAUUCCCUCAUGGAGGAAAAAAGACGGGAUUUAUUCCUCACUGCUGAAGACUGCCUAUUUGUACAAUAAUGCAUCUUCUCUUUCUCUCACCUUCGCGCUCUCUCACACACUCGUCCAUCGUUCCCUCAUAUCUCAUAUAUUGACUAUAAAAGCAUGUAACGCAGAUAUCUUUCCAGGAGCUAACUGUAUAGUUGUGCACGGUGUUCACUUGCCCUUUUUAUUCUAUAAAUAGAUGAAUAUAAUCCAGUUUAUCGUGUGUGUGUGUGUGUGUGUGUGUGUGUGUGCACCGUGUGGGCAGAAAAAAGUUUUCCAACAAACUAAAACUUUGCCUUUAGGCCACUGUAGAUCAUUUUCCUUCUCUCUCUCUCUCUCUCUCUCUCUCUCUCUCUCUCUCUCUCUGUCUCUCUCGCUCUCAGUCUCUCUCGCACUCUCUCUCUAUUGCUCUCUCUCUCACUCUGUCUCUUUCUCUUGCUCCCUCUCUCUCUUUCUCUGUUGCUCUCUCUCUCUCUCUCUCUCUCUCUCCUUUCUGUCUGGUUCCUUUGUUCUAAUUUUUUUCAGUUACACCUCCCCAGUGGAGGUGAUGGAGCCAUUUCAGUGCAGAUUAUAAGACUCCGCGAGAGAAAGAUAAACACAGAGAUCGAUAAAGGCCUCAACAUCAGAACAUCAAACAGAACAGCAAUCCAAAGGCAAGUUUUAGAAACAGUCCACGUUUAUACACAGCUUAUACACGCUGAGCCAUAAAGGCUUUCAUUUCCUGCUGUCCCUGUGUGAUUGUUCUAAGCGUGGUUUAUUCCAGAUUAUAAUCAAGUCACGAUCUAAUUUAUAUCUAAACUCCCGAAAGGAAAAACGAUCGCUUCCUGCUUCUUUAAAUGGUUUCUUCUUUGGUGUUCACAUCAGAGCUGGACUGUUUUCAAUUUUCUGAGGUAAAUGCAGUCAGGGAUUCAUCUGCUGGAAAAGUUCAUCAUGGGUAUGAGGAGCAAAAAAAUCCAUUUUCCUCCAAUCCAUUUUGCAGAAACAUAUUUCCUUUUCCUGUGAGAAUAUGGAGAAGUUAAUGGUGGCCAAGUGGCGUCACUUCACAGCUGCAGGAUCUCCAGUUCGGUCGUGAGCUCAGGUUGCUGUGUGUGUGUGUGUGUGUGUGUGUGUUUUUGUUUCCUCUGAGAUCUCCAGUUUCCUUCCACUAUUCUAAAACAUGCUGUCUGAAAUAAAAUUGCUCUUAAAUGUAAGUAAA